AUGAAUAUUACAAAAAAUAAACAAUCAGCAAUGGAUAAAGAUAAUUCAUCACCACGUCUAAUCAUAGAUGAUGAUAGUAGUAACAGUAAUGAUAAACAAGAAUCUUCAUUGAAUUCUUAUAAUUCUUUAAUACAUCCUAAAACAAAUUUCAAUACUGAAAAUCCAUUUGAUAUUCUAUCAAUGUGUUUAUCGUCAUCCAAAAUGUUUCGAUCUCAUUCAUAUACAAAUCAUCGAUUUAAUUUUGCUCAACCUUAUUCAAUGGCACCUCAUGCUUAUUUUGCUAAUAUUGCUAAAUAUACAGAAAACAAUGGAACUUCAAUAAAUAAUAAUUCAAUUUGUGAAGUUUGUGGAGAUAUUUCAAGUGGUAAACAUUAUGGCGUAUUAGCAUGUAAUGGUUGUAGUGGAUUUUUUAAACGAAGUGUUAGACGAAAAUUAAUUUAUCGAUGUCAAGCAAGUACAGGUAGAUGUAUUAUUGAUAAAGCUCAUCGAAAUCAAUGUCAAGCAUGUCGACUUAAAAAGGUUAAAUAUAUAAAUUUUAUUUCAACUGUACAAAAUGAACGUCAAUCACGUAGUGAUACUCAAAUUCAAAUGAAUUCAAUUGAUUAUCAUUAUGAUCAUAACGGAACAGCAAUAUCUGUUAUGCAUGAUCGUCCUUCUCAACAAACAAAUUUCACAUCCGAUUCAUCAGCUGUGACAAAACAAGACGCUAAUAAUCUAGAUGAUACAAUCUAUACAAUAUCAUCACAAAUUCUUUUGAUGAUUAUGAAAUGGAUACGUAAUUUACCAACAUUUUUAAAUUUACCUAUCUGUGAUCAGUUAAUUUUAUUAGAAGAAUCAUGGUCAGAGUUAUUUCUUCUUUGGGCAAUACAAAGUUUCAUAUCAUUCAAUGAUGGAGGUCCAAUUUUUCGUAAUGUACUUCAUCGUGACAAUGAAAAUGAAAAAUUAAUUAAUGAUGUUUUUCAUAUGUUUAAACAAUUGAAACUCGAUCCGAUUGAAUUUGCUUGUUUAAAAACAAUUGUUCUAUUUCGUUUUGAUAUUCGAACAUUGAGAGAAGUUAAAUUAAUUGAAAAUUUACAAGAUCAAGCACAAAUAACAUUAGCACAAUUUAUAAAAAUUCAUAAUCCGACACAACCCACACGUUUUGGUCGAUUACUAUUAACAUUACCGUUACUUCGUAGUAUACCAUCAAUAUUCAUUGAAAAAACUUAUUUUUCACAUACAAUUGGUAAAAUAUCCAUGUCAAAAUUACUUUUGGAUAUGUUAAAAAUUUAA